CAAGCUCCUUCCACUCUUUUUCGGCCAGGGGGGACGUCACUUCCGGUGUAGAAUAGCGGCUAUUUGGAAGUACAGAGGUUCCAGAAUGUCAGGCAGCCGUGGUUGGAAGAGCAGGAGGAGGGUACCGGGCCUCAUAGAGCUCCGUGGCCGGCUGCUGCCAGUAAAGGAUGAGGCGCCAGACACCGGGGAAGGGGAGGAGGACAGCGAUGGCCCUGACGACUCGGAUCCGGAGUUUUUGGAUGCAGACGAGAUAGAAGGCGGCGCCAUACAAGUGAAGUCCUGGAAGGUCCCGAGCACUACAGUAAAAAUGAAAACCCAAGAUUCCCAUGAGUACAUAGUGAACGGACAUUUUCCUCUGGAUGAUCCUUGGUGGACUGUGAAUGUAAAAGUGCGGCCACAACAGUCUGUGAACUAUGCCAAAGAAGCCCCAUCCUAUGAACUGGACGAUGAGAGCAUCCGGGAAAAAGACAUCCUGUCGCUCUUUCUUAAAAAAUGUGGGGUGCCAGACCAGUUUAAACAGGCGUUCAUAGACUGGCUCCCACAAUACCAUUCUGUCUCCUUCACCACAUUGAAAGAGCUGGCAAAUGACUUUAAGGAGGAGGAAAACAAGGAUAUCCUGCCAUAUCUGGAAAACUCCGGUUCUGGAGCAUUUGUAUUUCUGUCAUUCAUCAUCCCUUUGGUAAUGAAAUAUUUACCAAAACUUUUACCUUCCAAAAUAAGAUAUUUGUUCAUGUUGGAUGUUCUUGACCAAAAGUCCACAGAAAAACCUCCGCCUGACAUCUUGUGUGAGAUUGAAGCAAUGUUGGCUGACGAUCCUUGGAAACUUGGCUUUGGCUUGAUAAUUUAUCGAGAGUUGCACCUUUGUGGUUGUGAGGCCACAUUGGAAAGCUUUUUUCAGUGUGAAGAGCUCAUGGAAAGGAUUCCAGUCUUACAGUUCAAUGCAUUGGUUAUCUACAAUGAACUAAAAAAGAAAUGCAUGGAGCAAGGAGACACCUAUGUAGACAUCCCUGAGCUUACUAAAGCAGUCACCAAGGACAUGACAGCAGAAGCUGCAUGGGAAGCCUUGGAAUUCAUGAAGGAACAAGAAAUUGUGGUAAAGGAACAACAAAGAAUUUUCCUGUAUAGGUGGUACUGGUAUGAAGUUAACAUCGCAGAAUAUAUUCACAAGAUAGUGUUAAGAAAGCCUGGGAGUCUUGACAUUAAUGAACAUGAUAUAUUUGGAAAGAAUCCGUCUCCACCAGAACAGCAAGAAAGCCCAGAUGACCAGGAUGGGUUACGUAGCCAGGGUGCUGCGCAGGAUCUGCAAGAAUCUGAAUGUUUAACAAUAUUUGAUGCGGACCAGAAGGAGGCAGUAAGAAUGAUCCUGGCAAACCCAGUGACGGUUAUUAGUGGCAAGGGUGGGUGUGGGAAGACCACAGUCGUAAGCAGGGUCUUCAAGUCCAUGAUUAAGAAGGAGAAUGAUGAAGUUGAACAGGCCUGUAAAGCCCUUGAAGAGGACAUUGAUGCUUCAGAGGAAUGGUUUUGUGAUACUGUGACCUCCAGCACCGACCAGAAUGGCAGCAUACGUUUUUUACUUACUGCACCCACAGGAAAAGCUGCUUCUCUAUUGAAGAAGAAAACUGGCCUUCCUGCUGCUACCUUGCAUCAGGUGACUUGCAGCUAUUCUGCCUGGCAGAAGCAAAACGCAGGCACACCAUGGAAAUUUUCUAAAGUGGAGGCCCUGGUGGUGGAUGAAGCCAGCUUGGUUUCUGUCCGUAUGUUUAGUGCUGUGCUGAAACUGUUAUAUUGCCAUGCAAAGCUGGAAAAACUUGUAAUCCUUGGGGAUGUACGCCAGUUACCAAGUAUAGAGCCAGGGAAUACGCUGGCAGAUGUAUUUGCUGCUCUGAAAACACUGAAUUGGGCAAUUGAGCUGAAGACCAAUCACAGGGCAGAGUCACAGCUUAUUGUAGAUAAUGCCACAAGAAUCUCUCAUCAGUACUGUGUGGAAUUUGAUGCCUGUGUGCACUUUGAUGGACACUCAAGCUCUGAAAUGCCCAGUGUGGACAACAAAUUCAUUCUGGUUCACCUGGCAGAUGAUGUUGAUCUGAGCACUGCUAUAUCAGCACUACUGAAGAAUGGGCCAGGAUUAGAAGAUGAUAAACGUUCACAGUUUAUUGCAUUUAGGAGGAUGGAUUGCCUGUUGAUCAAUGAACUUUGCUGCAGACACUAUUCGGGUCAUUCCCUCAAGAAUCAGAAAUCCAAAUAUGACUUUAGAUGUGGUGAUAAAGUUUGCUGCACGAAAAAUGCCUAUGUCAGGGACCUUCGCUCCAGAACCAGGAAUGGUAGCAAAGAAUCUAAUGGAGAAGCCCCCUUCAGCCAGUCUCAGCUGGAAGAUAGGUUACCAUUGGACCAAGCUAAGAAGGAAAAAGAAGAGGACGACAGGCUAUGUAAUGGAGAAAUAUUUUUUGUAGUCGAUGAUGUGGAAAAAGAUAAAAUUCGAGAAUUAACAUUAUCUGAUGAAGAUAGAAACUACACCUUGAAUUAUAAAGCACUUCGAAGUCGCAGUGGUCUACGGCAUGCUUGGGCUCGAACCAUCCAUACAUUUCAGGGUUCAGAAGAAGAUACUGUUGUAUAUGUUCUUGGCACUACUGGGAGACAGAACUGGAAACAUGUAUAUACUGCUGUAACAAGAGGCUGCCAGCGUGUAUAUAUAAUUGCAAAAAAAGAUCAGCUUGACAAAGCAAUUAGCAAUAAGGCGCGUGAAAGAAAGACCCGACUAAAGCAGCGUCUGAAAGAUAAAUUACCUCAAAGCAGAACCUUUGCACAGCCAACAGCUACUUCUGUACACCCAGAGAGCAGUCAGGCAGAAGAAGAGCAGGAACCUGACAUCUCCCUGACUUCACAUCCCCUUCCCUAUACACAGCUUAAAUCACCUCCGCACCUUUUCUGCUUACCUGUGUCUACUACCCCCAUAGCAGGUUCUUCUACCUCUGGUUGUGGUGAAAGACUGGAAUGUGGAAAUGACAUAAGGUGUACAACACCUGAUCGCUUACAAGACUGUGUGCUGGAGGUUUCCCCUACUCAGAAGAGAACAGGAGAUCCUGUAGAUGAUUCUGCCACUCCUCCAAAGAUAAGAGUCAACAAUACGGACUGGACAGAAGAAUCUCCUACAAACAGUCAAAGGCUUCAUCUCAUGAGUCUCCAGAGUCCUUGUCCCAAAAAGCUGUUUUGAAAUCUGAAUAACUUCCAGCUACAAGUAGUAUCUCUUUUCCAUCCUCUAAGGACUAUAGUUGACUUAUUUUCUACUACGUUUGGAACGGUUCAUAGUUUGUUUUAAUGUUUUUAUAUAUAAAGUAACACAUUUGGACUUUGCAGGCUCAAGCAACAGAGUGUUAGAAACUUCUCAAUGUGAAUACAUAAUUACGGGUUGAAAAUGUUACCAAUGGCCUGGUGCUAGAUGGGAUGAAGGAAUUUUAGUAUUGAUGAAUCCAUUGCGGUACUUUAUACAACGCAAAAGAAUCUCCAGUGUCUGUUUAUAUAUCUUGAGGUUAUUAAGGCAAAAUCCCUUUUUGUUUUACUAAAUCAAUGUAGAAGUGAAUUGGCCGAGUGCAUUCAUUUUCCUAUUUAAGGACAGUCUUUUCCCUUUGCCUAUCUAUUGCUAUCUUCUGACAGAUGGCAGGUUUACACUCCCUGGCAUCAAGCUUUACAACCUAGGACUUUCAUGUUGUAAUAUUACAGUAGUUGAUGCCCAAUGUUUACAAUGCUUGGAGUGUGCAUGCAUAGAUCAUUCUGUACUUGUUAGUUCUGACAAUGUAACAUUGCUUUAACCAAUGAAAAUGGUAUUCUACCAUUAGGAUUAGAGAUGAGCGAACUUACAGUAAAUUCAGUUCGUCACGAACUUCUC